AUGGAUGAAAGUCCGAACUGUGAAACUAAGUUAAUUGAGGAGAUUAAGGAUAGGCCCUUGUUUUACUUGGCACCUAUGGUGCGAUAUUCAAAACUUCCUUUUCGUGAAUUAGUUCGGAAGUAUGACGUUGAUUGUUGUUAUACUCCUAUGAUAUAUGCUAAGAAUUUCCUGGAAUCAGAAUAUUGUCGAAAAAGUGAAUUCACUACUGUUCCAAAUGACAAGCCUCUUAUAGUCCAAUUUGCUUCUGACGAUCCUUUCGUUUUUGCUUCAGCAGCGCAAGUAGUUUACAAAUAUUCCACCGGAGUUGAUUUGAAUUGUGGUUGUCCAAAAGGAGAUGUCAGAGCUAAAGGCUUCGGAAGCUUUUUGUUAAAUAAACCUGAACUGUUAGCUGAUAUGGUUCGUCAAACAAGAGCUGCUGUUAAUGAUUCAGAAUACACAAUUUCUCUUAAAAUACGAGUACAGUAUCCUCUGGAUAGAACAAUUGAUUUAUGUAGAAAAGCAGAAAAAGCAGGCGUUAGUCAUUUGACUGUACACGGAAGAACACCCCAGCAACGAGCAGAACCUGUAGACUAUGAUGCCAUACGAUUAAUUAAGGAAUCUGUGCAAGUUCCAAUCAUCGCAAAUGGGGAUAUCACUUCUCUUAGCCAGGCUCUCGAUAUCGCUGCUCGGACUGGUGUGAAUGGCUUAAUGUCUGCUAAUGGACUUCUAUACAAUCCCGCUUUUUUCGCAGGAUACGAAUACACGCCGUCUGAGUGUAUUUCCGAUUUUGUUGAUAUAUCUUCGAAGUAUGGUCUCACAACGCAACUCUUCCAUCAACAUCUCAUCUAUAUGACUAGACAUCAAUUUUCUCCAGCUCAGAGACGCGUGUUCAACGAAUUGACUUCUAGAGCUGCUAUGGAAGACUUCUUGAGUGAUGCAUUUGAGUUCGAAAGAAAAUUAUAA